AAAUUAGGUUACUCUGUAAAUAUCCGUACAUGAGCGGCUCCUAAAUGUAUCUCUACUGCUUGCUCGAGGCGAUAUUGGAGAAAUUCUAAAUUUUAACGUUGAAUUGAUUGGGAAAUAGGAAGCAUACUCUGCACACAUCAAUUUUGGGUGGUCUUUGGUUGUUUGUGUUGUAUUUUAUCCAAAAAGAAGAUGGGUAGCAGAAAUGGCGGUGGAGCUCCUACGAUGAUAAGAAGAAGACAAUCCGAUUUUAAAAUGUCCUUCAACCUCGCUCUUCACUCCCUUCUCACUACCUGUUCUAAAGAGGCUAGGAUUUUAGUAAAGAAUUUCCAAAAUUUACAAGUACAGAGCAAGAACGUCUCUACCAGCGUUUAUUCAGCGAGCUCCUUUUUGUCCAAGCCUUUAACCAAUGGCGCUACGGAUCAUAUUCAGGUCAUUACCACUUCGCAUGGGAGUAUAGAGGUAGGAACUGCCCUUGAUACUGUGGGGCAACUUGUGGAAGAACAAUGUCUUGACCAUUUCUUUUCUGAUAAUUUGAUAUGAAGAUUAGGGGAGCAAGCUGGUGCUGACUGAUUUCACAUAAGUUGGGAAAUUAUUAUCGGUUCUGUUGUUUGUUUUACUGGAAUGAACCUUGAGAUCCAGAAGUGGUCCUAAACAUGUAUUUUAGUUUUUUUUUCUUGGAAAGAAAUGCUAAAUGGAGACAAGAUAGAUUUUUGUUUGCUUUUGGGCUGCAUUAAUAUCCAAAAGCUGCAGAGAACCUCAGAUUUCUGAAAGACACGUUAAGUUAUGCAGUGAUUAUUGUUCCUUCCUUUGUUUGAAA